CCAAUCAGAAACCUUCUGACUUCGACACACUUCCUGCUCUGCGCUGUAGGUGAGCCCGCCGCACGAUUUUUAAUCAAGCAAUCGUGUGGACCAAUCAGAAAAGGCAACGCUCUGACCUCAGACCAAUCCGAAACCUUGUGAGCCGAUGACGACGUAACGCCAGCCCCACUUCUUUUUUUAGCCAGUUGGUGUGGUGUCAGCUGGUCUGUAGGCAACUUGUACACGAAGAAGUACUCAAAAAGACAUUUAAAGGCGACAAAGUGGCAGCAUUAAAAAUAACAGGAGCGAAGGGCCACUCGGAGGCGCCUUGGUCAAGUCUCAUGACGGGGGUAGUGUAGUCGUGAUCCCUCCCGGGCUAGCUCACUAGCUGCUUAGCCAUUUGUUCGCAGUCAUGGCUUCUCGGCAGCCGAGUUCCAGCAGGCAGCGGGGCAAGAAACAACAACAACAACAGCAGCGGGACGACGACGAUGACAACGACUCGGACGCCGAGGAGACGAGCCCGAGCUGCAGCCCCAGCCCCAGCCCGAGCCCGAGCCCCAGCCCCAGCCCCAGCCCCAGCCAGGGCCCGAGGAGGUCGCAGAUCAUCCACAGUGGACAUUUCAUGGUGUCGUCGCCGCACAGCGAGCACCCGCCGAAGAAAGGCUACGACUUCGACACCGUCAACAUGCAGACCUGUCAGACGUACCACUUCGGCAAGGCCAGCACGUCUCACAUCUCCAUCGACGCCUCGCUCACCAGACUCUUUGAGUGCAUGACACUGGCCUACAGUGGUAAGCUGGUGUCUCCCAAAUGGAAAAACUUCAGGGGUCUGAAGCUGCUCUGGAGGGACAAGAUCCGCCUCAACAACGCCAUCUGGAGGGCCUGGUACAUGCAGUAUGUGGAGAGAAGACGGAAUCCUGUUUGCCAUUUUGUGACCCCUCUGGAUGGAAACAUUGACCUGGAAGCGCAUCGUACCUCAGAGAUGAUCACCACCGAGGGCAAGUGCUGGAAGAGAAGAAUAGAAAUUGUCAUUCGAGAAUACCACAAGUGGAGGGCCUACUUCAAGAAAAGAUUGCAGAAGCACAAGGAUGACGAUCUGUCGAGUUUGCUCAAGGGGCCCAAGGAGCAGUUAGCGCUGUUUGGGGAAGUCUCUCCAGACAUGCUCCGUGCUUGCUUUUGUCAGGAUGAAGAGAGCCAGGCCCCGGUACCCAUGGAGCUGGAGAGUCUCUUUGACAUGGAGGUGCUAAUGUCUGAGGUGUCCGACACGCUCUUCUCCACCUUGGUCUCACACCAGACCACCGCCUGGCCCAACCCCAAGGACAUUGCUCAUGCAGGGAAUGCAGACAUGAUCCAACCAGGACUCAUGCAGUUACAGCCCAACCUGGACUUCUCUUUUGAUCCACUACAAGACUUAUUUCACAGCCUCCGUCUGCCCGUCUUCCUCCCCGUUUCCCCCACCGCGCCAUCAGUCACCCCACUGCCCAGCAGCAGCUCUCCGUCGCAGGGCCAAUUAAUGUCAUCCAUGCAGCUCGCAGACAGACAGCCUUCUCCCAUAACCAGUGGGACUAGUGCUGCUGCCAUUGUGGACAACUACACGCCUCCUUAUCCGCGGCAGGCGGCGCUCGGCAACCACGGCACCGUCUCCUCCCGCAAUUCUCUGGUAUCCGAGUGCCUCCCGGCGGCGGUGGCAACCAUGGACCCCUCCUCCUUGGAGCCCAGGACAGCUUUGGGUGAGACCGCCGCGAUGUCGCCCUCCUCAGGGGUGGCUGCUGGUUCCACGUGCACACAUCCCCCGCCGCCUCCACCCCGGUUACCGUCCUUAGUUCCGCUGCUUGCCACGCCUGCACCCCAGUCGCCGCCUCCUCACACCUUCGCCCGCCCUCGACACCUCCAGCCAGCCAACGGCAACAAAAAACGAGAUUUGAAGAAGAUUACCCCGGCCAACCCGGUUGCUCCCCAGCAGCUCUUCAUCACAGGAAUCAUCCCAGCCAUGAAAACAGAUGUGACUUCAUCUCCUGGUGUGCUGAUCACUCAUUGUGGUGUGGCUGGUGGAUUCUCUGUCAUACCUCAAACCCAGAAGUCUCCUCAGUGCAUCGUACCCUCGGAAAACUCAUCUUCCUCCACCCGCCGAAACCAGGAGCAGUCCUCUAGUAUCGUUCAGGGCCAGCCAGGAUCAGGUCAAGGCUCCCCUUGUGCUUUAGAUCAAGUUCCCAGUCCUAAGUCGCUGAUCAGCAGCAGCACAACUCCUCAGAUGCAGAGGAGAGCGCACAUCGCCGAGCAGAAAAGACGAUCAAAUAUAAACCACAGCUUCAAAACACUCGGCAGCCUGGUGCCCACCCUCAACUCCCAAGCCAAUAUCAGUAUUGCCGUCACAAUGCAGAAGACUGUGGAACACAUUGAGAAGCUCAAGCAGGAGAGGGAGCAAAUGCAGGAAGACAUCAGGAGACUGCAGGAAGAGAUCACCAGCCUCAAGGCCUCCAUCAACCUGUGUCAUGACCAGAUGCCGGCCACGGGAGCGCAGGUCACGCAGCAACGCUUUGACCACAUGCAGCACAACUUCAAUGAGUACGUCAAGCAACGUUCCCGGCAGAACUGGAAGUUCUGGAUUUUCAGCGUCAUCAUCAAGCCUCUCUUCGAGUCCUUCAACAAGAUGGUGUCAACUGCGAGUGGAACCGAGCUUUGCAAGACCACACUGGAGUGGCUCGAACGUCACUGCUCCUUGGUCGCGCUCAGGCCCAUGGUCAGCAGCAGCCUUUGCCAUCUGAGCACCAGCACGUCUAUCCUCAGCGACCCAUCACGCUUGCCCGAAGAGGCCAUCCAGGCCCUGAGGCACGCCGACGUGGAGCCUCCCUCUCAGGCCAGCUGAUGACGGGCCUCCUCAUCCUCAUCACGGAGGACUCAACUCAACUCGUCUUCCUCUUUUUGGACUCUGAGGCUUUACCUUGUCAUCUUUGGCACAAUGAUUUUUAUUUUUUUAAAUUUCGUGUUAUCAAUUGAGUGAGAGACACAGAAAGCAGCACGUUUGCCUUGGUGUAAGUCAUUAUGAACAAUGUUGAAAUAAUGAUAUGUUCAUAAGGGAAGUGUGUGGGCUUGUUUUUUUUCUGUAAAGCACGACACCAGAAUGUAGCUGUUUUUUUUUUCCUCCCCUCCGUCCUUCACAUUUUGCUUGCUCAGCCCUUUUCUGGUGAGCGACAUAACCUUCCCUCAUAGGGAGCUUCACUGAAAUGGCAAUAAAACACAUUGAUUGUU